AUGGACCUCCCUACCUGCUCGCUGCUUGUGCUCGAGUCCAAGAUCUGGACGGGUGUGGCCAAGGCGCCAUGGGCGAGUGCGCUUGCAACGGCCGGCGACCGAAUUAUUGCUGUGGGCGAUGAUGGCGAUGCUGUGAUUGCUGCUCUGGCGCUGGCGCUUGGACUUGAUGGUGCGGAUGCGAGCGAGGCUGCGGUGGUUGCAGCGGGUGCUCGCGUCCUUCGUCAUGUGCCGAUGGUGGUCCCAGGCUUUAUCGACUCGCACGUCCACUUUCUUGACGGCGGCUUUCGGCUUUCGUCGGUGCAGCUCCGUGGCGUGGCGUCCAAAGACGCGUUUGUUGCAGCAGUUGCGGCGUUUGUGGCGCGGGUGCCCGAGGGUGGGUGGAUGACUGGCGGAGAUUGGGAGUAUGCUGCGCUGGGCGCGCUGCCAAACGCAUCGUGGAUCGAUGAGGUGACCGGCUCGACGCCGGUCUUUCUCUCGCAGGCCGAUGGGCACAUGGCGGUGGCGAACUCGGCAGCGAUGGCGCUGGCAGGGAUCACGGCCGAGACGGCGGAUAUCGACGGUGGAGUGAUCGAGCGAGAGACGGGCUCUGGCGUGCCGACGGGGCUCUUCCGCGACAACGCCAUGUCGCUGGUGCAGAACGCGAUGAGCUUUCCGCCGGCGGCGGCGACGACUGCAGCACUGGAAGCAGCCAUGGCGUACGUGGCCGAGCAGGGCGUGACGUCUGUGGUGGACAUGGGAGUCGAUGUAGGCAUUCCCAGUCAAAAGCUCGAGGGCAUCGACGUGAUGCGAGCGGCGCACGCCGAGGCGCGGCUGCGGACCAGGGUCUACGCCGCCAUCCCGCUGCCCAAGUGGGAGCAGCUGGCACCAGGCACAUCGCUGGCAGUCGAGCUGGCAGUCGAGACCAACGACUCACCGUGGCUCACCUUUGGCUCGCUCAAGGGCUUUAUGGACGGCUCGCUCGGCUCGCACACGGCGCUUUUCCGCGAACCGUUCAGCGACAGCGACGAUGGCUCGCGCGGGCUGGCGCUCUUUCCGCGCGAGCAAAUGCGCGACUGGAUCGUGGCUGCCGACGCCGCCGGGCUGCACGUCAUGGUCCAUGCCAUCGGCGACGAGGCAGUCUCACAGCUGCUCGACAUCUUUGAGGAGGCUGUGGCCGUCAACGGUAAGCGCGAUCGGCGGUUCCGCAUCGAGCACGCGCAGCACUUUCUGUCGGAAGACGUGGCGCGUGCGGCGGCGCUAGGCGUCAUCGCAUCGAUGCAACCGACGCAUGCGACCGACGACGGGCGCUGGGCCGAGGCAGUCAUCGGCCAGGAGCGGUGUAAGCUAGCGUUUCCCUGGAACUCGCUCGCCAACGCCGGCAUCAAGCUUGCCUUUGGCUCGGACUGGUUCGUGGCGCCACCGCUUCCGCUCGAGGGUAUCUACGCCGCAGUUGCCCGGCGAGUUGCCGGCAACGACGGCAUUGGCAAGCCGAGCUGGAUUCCAGAGCAGUGUAUUGAUGUCGAGACUGCGCUGCGAUCGUACACUGUCGACGCCGCGUACGCCACCUUUGACGAGGCCCACAAAGGCAAGCUCGCAGCAGGCAUGCUCGCCGACCUGGCUUUCCUCGACACCGAUCUCUUUGCCGUUGACGAUGCCGAGGCCAUCCGCUCCGCACGAGUGGAUCUCACGGUUGUCGGAGGGACCAUUGUCUUUGAUCGGACUGUGUCGCACUCGUCGGACUUUCUAGAAGGUCACUUUCCGGACGAGCCCAUCGUGCCGGGCGUGUACCUUACCGAGGCUGCUAUUCAGACCGGAGCGGCGGCGGCUGUGGCGGCGGCCGAGGCAGUGGGUGCUCGCAUCGCUGCGCUCUCGGUCUCUCGGCUGGCAUCGGUCCGCUUCCGCGCUCCGGUGCUGCCGGGACAUGUGCUGGAGACAGAGGUGAAGCUGACGGCCGAGGAGAGUGGCGGCGAUGUCGCAUCGGCCAUCCACGCCGCUCUGCCGGACGGACGCAUGGCCAUGACGGCGGUGGCGACGAUGGCGGUGGAAAGCGCUGUGGCCGCCGAAGCGGUAGUAGUGUUUAAGGCUGCUGUUGCCCGUCAGGCCGUGGAGCAUCCUGAGUUGGGCGAUCUGACCCAGUUUGCUGCACCUGACUCACCGGAGCUUCAACAGUGGAUGGAGGACUUUCUGCCUAACUGGUCCCCGGAUACCAUCCCUGCGCGCUCUAGCGACGGCGACGGCAAGGGCUGAACCAUCCCCGCGGUAUCCUGAUAGAGGCAGUGGCGGGAGACGG